UUACUUUUGUAUUUCAGCUUCUUCCAUUAAACCCUUAACUUACAGUAUUCAUAAUAAAAGAUAAUUUAUCCAAAUUUGUUUACUAUAAAAUGCGAAAGCGUGAGUUGCAAAGCAUUCCUCUAAAGUUGGGGGAAUUAAAAGAGUAUGAUAAUAUACGGAAUGAGCGCGCUGCUGCCAGGAACCAGGGGCCACACGAUGAUAGUCAAACUACGGAGCAGCCAUCGCCGAUUGCCAAUGUCGGACCAAAAACUAAGAAGGAAAUCCAAUCUCGAUUGAAUGCUACUACUUAAUAGCUUCAAGAGAGGCAUAUUCGAUAUAAAUGUUACAUUUUAAGAAUUUAAUGUUAAGUUGUAUAAAAGAUUGCAGUACAUUACAUAAAGUUUAUACAAUGAUAUUGUGAUAGAAUUUUUAAUAUACAUAGUUUCUGGUAAUCUGUGACAAAUUUAAA